AUGAGUCGGAGUGUGGAUUUUCUCCAUAGCAAACUUGCUGAGGGUGAGACUAUUUACGGUGUCAACACCGGCUUUGGAGGAAGUGCAGAUACCCGCACAAAAGACUAUUCCAGCUUGCAAAAGGCUCUGAUCCAACAUCACAAUACAGCAAUAUUGCUUCCUAGUGAUCGAGGAAUGAGAUAUUCUCUGUCAUCGAGCCGGCAGCACCUAAGAAGCCAUUCUAUGCCAACUUCGCUUGUUAGAGCUGCUAUGCUCACGAGAUGUAAUUCUCUGUUACGAGGUCAUUCAGCCGUUCGGCUCCGGGUUAUCCAGCACAUCCUUACUCUCCUCACGAGUGGCAUGACGCCCGUUGUUCCACUGCGGGGCAGCAUUUCAGCCUCAGGAGACCUGACCCCCCUCGCCUAUAUUGCUGGUGCACUGGAAGGGAACCCCGAUAUCUCAAUCCACAAGGCUGUGGAUGACCGCUUUGUAACUGCAGACGUAGCUUUGGAAGAAGUCGGAUUGGCACCGCUGGAGUUCGGGCCCAAGGAAGGCCUGGGGCUUCUGAAUGGCACAGCAUUCAGUGGAGGUGCAGCUAGUCUCGUGCUGUUCGAAGCCAAUCAGCUAGUCCUUCUAUCCCAAGUACUCACCGUCAUGGGUACGGAGGCUCUUUUGGGUGCGAGGCAAAACUAUCAUCCGUUUAUAGCGAACUCCCGGCCCCAUUAUGGGCAACGAGAAGCAGGGACCAAUCUAUUCAACCUCUUAGCUGACUCGAAACUCGUCGCCACACUAGCCCACGGGCGAAAUGGCCCCUAUGGCACAGGACUGGCCCAAGAUCGAUACUCCCUACGAACGGCAAGCCAAUGGAUUGGUCCGCAGCUUGAGAAUAUGGGCCUGUCUCUGGAACAGGUCGUAUGUGAGCUUAACUCCACGACAGAUAACCCUCUUGUGGAUCCAGAUGAGGAGCAGAUCUAUCACGGUGGUAACUUCCAAGCUGCAUCAGUCACCUCGGCCAUGGAAAAGACGAUGAGCGCCAUGCAGAUGUUGGGAAAGAUGAUUUUCGCUCAAUGCUCUGAGAUUAUCAACCCGGCAUUGAGCAACGGCCUCCCGCCCAAUCUCAGCCCCGAUGAUCCAAGCCUCUCCUUCGCAUUCAAAGGUGUCGAUAUUAACAUGGCAUCAUACAUGUCCGAGCUGGCGUAUCUCAACCACCCCGUCAGUAAUUAUGUCCAAACUGCCGAGAUGAGCAAUCAGGGAUUGAAUUCCCUGGCUCUUAUCUCCUCUCGCUAUGCAGCAGAUACCGUUGAACUACUGUCCUUGAUGGCCUCGACGUAUCUGUAUGUGCUUUGCCAGGCGCUGGAUCUUCGGGCCCUUCACCGGGAGUUCGUCGACGAUGUUCAAAAAAAGGUGGAUAAUAUUACGGCUGCACUGUGCAGAUCGGCUCUUGGGGACCGUUUGCCUGUGACGCAGAAGGCAGUCUGGGAAGAGCUGAUGAGCCACUGGUCCCGAACAAGUUCUAGUGACCUUUUGGACCGUUGUGAAGCCACGGCGCGCUGCUCAGUUGGAUUCCUCUUUAAUGCUCUAAAAACAGGCGACAGUCCGUCCUGUAACGACUGGCUGAUAUGUCAAGAUUGGGAGGUCAAUAUUUGCGAGACACUGAAGCAGACAUACGCGAUAACACGAAAGAGAUUCCUGCACAAGCAAACCACCAAGACAUAUCUGUGUAGUGCGUCACGAAAUUGCUAUAAAUUCGUCCGGGAGAGUCUCAAUGUCCCGAUGCACAAGGGCAUUGUCGAUCAUCCUACAUAUCAUUCAGGCGAUACACAUAAGAAGGAAUGUAUUGGAUCACAAAUUAGCAAAAUUUACAUGGCACUGAGGCAAGGCCAGGUUCGCGACGUGUUGCUUCGGUGCUGGUAA